AGUAACAAAUGUACUGACUACGAUACAGCAGCCGACUUUAGCGAGGAUCAUGGAGGCAAAAUGCCAUCAAUACUCAGCGAAGAAGAAGUUAUUCCAACAAAUCUGUCUAGACAAAUAUUCUGCUUUACAUAUGAAAUACUAUCUGGUCUUUCAUAUAACGGCUUUUGGAGCGGUCAUGAAAAGGUUGGUUCAGGUUGGAGAUGGUUGGAUGGAAAUCAACACAACGUAACAUUUUGGAAAAGCGGUCAUUCUAAACUUGAUGGAAGGCAUGUUGUGGUGAAAAAAUGUGGUGAAUGGGUGUCAGUUGAUAACGAGACAUGUGCUGAAGCUGUAUGCAUCAUUAGAGAAAAGGAUAAAGGCGAUAGACGUUGUGCAAAACCUCAAGGUCAAGCCAGCGAUAGGUGUUAUGACGACGUUUGUUUUCGAACUGUUACAAUCUCUGAUCUAUUCACUUCCAAAAAUACUGACCAUUUAAUUGCAAUUGAUGAAAUGUUAAGGGGUUUCUGGAUCAAUGAAGAGAUGCUAGCUUAUCGUGAAAACCAAAGUCGUCUGCAUACUGCAUCUGAAAAUGAGCUACAGGAAGAGUUAAAAGGAAGCAGCUUGCGAUGA